AAAGAAUUUCGACGGCCUAUAAGUAUCGUGGUGCGCAUCAAAUGUUGAACUUGCCCUCCCGUGCUUCCAUUCCGACGUAACGAGUUCAAAGCAUGAUUGUGCCAUCAGUCGUCACCCUUGCUGUCCUUGCCAGAACUGCAUCAGCAGCAGUCGCACCGACCUUCACCACCCCAGCUCCUGCACCGACUUCUCAAUCUCCUUUCUAUAUCGGUGCUGCAAACACCACCCUCACAAACACGCCCGUUGUUCCCGGAAAGGUGUUCGACCGCUUCAUUCAGAUCUGGUUGGAGAAUACGGACUUCGCUACGGCAGCCUCUCAGGGAGUCUUCCAGACCCUCGCUGCGCAGGGCAUUACCUUGUCUGGGUACUACGGCGUGACCCACCCAAGUGAGCCAAAUUACCUCGCUGUGGCUGGUGGUGACUUCUGGGGUCUGGGUGCUGACUCACUGGAGUACAUUCCCACCAAUAUAUCCACCGUUGUGGACUUGCUCGACCAGAAGAACAUUAGCUGGGCGUCUUACCAGGAAAAUAUGCCCACGGAUGGCUAUACGGGAUACAACUACACGAACGCGGCCGACGGAUAUACGUACUACGUGCGCAAGCACAACCCAUUGAUCAUAUACGACUCCGUUGCGACAAUCCCUACCAGAGCGGCGCGUAUUAGGAACUUCAACGACUUUGCUGUCGAUGUUGGCAAUAAUUCUCUUUCUCAAUGGAUUUUCAUCACUCCGAACCUCCGCAAUGAUGCCCACGAUACUAAUGUUGCAUAUACUGCUUCAUGGCUUAACUAUUGGCUCGUGCCCUUACUCAGCGACCCCAACUUCAACACCGCCAGGACGCUCAUCUUGCUCACCUUCGAUGAAAACGAGACAUAUACCAUUGGAAACCAGGUAUACAGCGUCCUCCUGGGUGGAGUUAUACCCCAGAACAUGAAGAACACCACUGAUGCAACGUUCUAUACACACUACUCGACACUUUCCACUGUUGAGAACAACUGGGACCUCGGUAACCUCGGUCGUCAGGACACUAACAAGACCGUAUCCAAUGUUUUCAACCUCGUUGCUUCGGCCACCUCGUACAAGAACAAUAACCUCACCGGUUCAUCUUCCGGCCUUCCCCAGCUCAACAUCACCGGAACCAUCCCUGGACCGUUGAACCCUGACUACUACGUCCCCUAUUUAGCACCUACGAACGGCACUGGCGGCGGCAGCGGCCCAACCUUCGUUGCUUCUAACAUCAACAAGACGCUGACCCCAGCCAAUGCUCCUGCACCAGUUAAUAUAUCUGCAACAUCAACUCCAACUCCAACUACAACCACCAGCAGUGCUACUGGUUUGACGAGCAAUGCGGGUAACAUGGUUGCUGCAGCCGCAGUCGCUGUGGUCGCGGCAAUGCUACUCUAGUGGAUGUAGUGCUGCAGUAAAGUUUACUCCGCAUUGUACUAUGUAUCCACUUUUUAGUCAGUGCACGAGGCAAAUUGAUACAGGAUAUUAAUUGUUACACAUUAAUAUUGUGUGGUCGACGUCAAUUG